AUGGCUUAAAUUUUAAUUGAAAACAAAGCUGAUACAAAUUCAAAAGAUUAAUUAGGUAAAACUCCAUUAUAUUAUGCAUAUAGAGAAGGGUAUAAUAAAAUUGCUAUUUUAUUAUUAUAAAACAAAGCUUCUCCUUGGUCUUGUAAAAGUAAUAAUAUCGAUUAAAUGGUUAAUAGUAGAUAAAAUAAUGAUAUGAAUUAAAUUAAGAUUGCAAAACAAAUUCAUUUGAUGAUGUUGAUUACACCAUUUAAGCAUAGAGAUAAAAUAUGGGAAGAUUCUAAGUAUCUUUUUAAAAAUAUAGUAGAUGAAGAAGAUAGAAAAAAUGAAUGA